CCUUUGACUACCUUUCUCAUUCACUAUAUUUACAGGAUAUAUAUUUCAUUACCAACUGAUUUCCUACCAUCAAAGCUUCCUCUAUUUGUGUUUUUUUCCCCCUAUUUUUCCUCUUUGUUUCUCUUAUUCCUCUAAAUUCCUCCACUCUUUUUUUUUCUUCCUUUUUUUGGGUCCUUUUCUUGCUUUCAUUUCACAUAAAUUUUGUGUUAGGGGAUGUUGGAGGCAUUUGAUGGUGGAUGAAGGAAGAUUAUGGAUGCUCUUGAGGAAGUGGAUGUAGGUUGCCCUAAUAAGGACCUCUUCCACAUCGUUAAGGGCAAACGCACCAAACGUCUCCGCCUUUCAGGCGUCCCCUGUAAUAACAACAACAAUAAUAAUAAUUUCGAAGAUGGUAGGGACAAUGGAGAAGGUAUCGCCUGCAACAAUAACAACAAUAAUAUGGAAGAUGAUAGCGAUAAUGGAGAAGGUGUAGUCGCUUGCAAAAACAACAAUAAUAAUAUCGAAGAUGGUAGAGACAAUGGAGAAGGUAUCACAUGUAAGAAUAACAACAACAAUAAUAUAGAAGAUGGCAGCGGUAAUGGAGAAGGUGUAGUCGCUUGCAAAAACAACAACAAUAAUAUCAAGGAUGAUAGUGGUAAUGGAGAAGAUGUCGCCUAUAACAACAACAAUAACAAUUAUUCAAAUCCCUCCUCGGCCAACUCGGCCGAGAUAUUCAUCAACACAUUCACCGAUGAGGAGGAGGAAACCGCCAAGUCUCUCAUCCUCAUGUCCAAAUUAAGUGAUGAUCAUCCCCGUCCUCUUAGGUUUACGUUGCCACCUGACAAUAAAGUCGAUUUUUUCAACGACGAUUUAAGGUUGUACCAAACCAAAUUCAACAGCAAAAGGUACAUCGAGACGUCCACAAACUCAGCAAAUGGUACCAAGGCAGGAAUAUAUGUGUACGAAUGCAAGACAUGCAAUCGUACAUUCCCAUCAUUCCAAGCCUUGGGUGGACACAGAGCAAGUCACAAGAAACCAAAGACAAUAGUAACCACUGAAUUAUCAAACAAGAAGUCAACAUAUUUCGAUUUCUCAGAUGAAGAUGAUUAUCAAGAACUCUCACCAUCAACUAUAACAUUGUACAAAAACAACAAGAAUGUUACAAAAACAUUGCCUAAUUCUUCCAACAACAAGUUUUCUUCUCCUAGGAUUCAUGAAUGCUCAUAUUGUGGUGCUGAAUUUACAUCAGGACAAGCUUUAGGAGGUCAUAUGAGACGACAUCGCGGGGGCGUUACCGUAAAUUCACCCUUGCAUUUGAGCAAUUUAAGUCCAGCAACUUCUAUAGAUCAAGAAUUUGGUAAUAAUAUUAUGAAAAAACCAAGAGAUGGGUUGUCUUUAGACCUUAAUAUUCCAGUCUCAGAUGAUCAUCUUGAUCCAAAAUUUCCAGUUGUAUCCUUAAAUCAACAAGAUCAAGAACAAACACAAAGGCAACAGCUGGUUGAUUGUCAUUAUUGAAAAUGGUACAUGUUCUUUUUUUUUUUUUUUUUGGAUACAUUGACAUGGUGAAAAAAUUGUAGAUGGGAGUCACCACCAAUUAUAUUCUUUUAUUUUAUAGUUGUUAUACAAAUUAUUUACAUACUUUAAAUAUUUCUCAAGUUUAUAA